AUGGGUGAUUUCACAGUCCAUAAUAUGCUCAACAAGCUGUCGGGACAGCCCGAAAGCUACGAGAAAAAGUCCCACUACAAGUUCGGACGCACACUCGGCGCUGGUACGUACGGUAUCGUUCGUGAGGCCGACAGCAGCAAGGGAAAGGUCGCCAUCAAGAUCAUCCUGAAAAAGAAUGUCCGGGGCAACGAACGCAUGGUCUACGAUGAACUAGAGAUGCUUCAGGCUCUCGACCAUCCCAACAUUGUCCAUUUCGUCGAUUGGUUUGAAUCGAAGGAUAAAUUCUACAUUGUCACACAGCUGGCCACUGGUGGUGAGCUGUUCGACCGGAUCUGCGAGUACGGCAAGUUCACCGAAAAGGAUGCCUCUCAGACCAUUCGCCAGGUGCUGGGCGCCGUCCACUACCUGCACGAACGCAAUAUCGUUCACCGAGACCUGAAACCCGAAAACCUUCUCUACCUUGGUCCCGACCCCCAUUCCCCUCUGGUCCUCGCAGAUUUCGGUAUUGCCAAGAUGCUGGAUAGCCCGAGUGAGGUCCUGACCAGCAUGGCGGGCUCCUUCGGCUACGCCGCCCCAGAGGUCAUGCUCAAGCAGGGUCACGGCAAGGCCGUCGAUAUGUGGUCCCUCGGUGUGAUCACCUACACCCUGCUUUGCGGUUAUUCCCCCUUCCGCUCCGAGAACCUGUCCGACUUGAUUGAAGAGUGCCGAAGCGGAAAGAUCAUCUUCCACGAGCGCUACUGGCGCGAUGUUUCCCAGGACGCCAAGGACUUCAUCCUCACCCUGUUGCAGCCCGAUCCUUCCAAGCGUGUCACAUCCGAUGAGGCCUUGAAGCACACCUGGUUGACCGGUGAAUCGGCCAGCGACCGCGACUUGCUGCCCGAGAUCCGUGCCUACAUUGCCCGCUCUCGUCUCCGCCGAGGUAUCGAGAUCAUCAAGCUGGCGAACCGCAUUGAGGCGCUCAAGAUGCAGGAGGAUGAUGAGGACAUCCCCAGCCCGGUGGAAAUGGCAGAGAAGGCAUCUGGCACGACGCCCUUCCCUCAACUCUCGCCCAAUGGCAAGUCGGAUUCCGCGCCAGCGGAGGGCGAGGCGACCGGCACGAAGAAGCGCAGUCUAAGCAAGAUUGCCCGCGGCGCCAUCUUCCGUGAAGUUGUGCUCGCCAAGGUUCGUGAGGUGAAGGAGAACGAGGAGCGCGAGAAGGUUGAGCGUGAAGCUCGUGAGCGGACCACCCAUGCAUGAGGCCUGAUCGGAUGGCGUUGAUAGAGACUUGCUUUCUGCUGCUGCACCGGUUCCAUUCUUGUUGGGUCACGGACCAUCACUGAACUGUUUUCUGUGAAUAACUUUCGAUGAUUCCCCGUCCAUAUACUGAUCUGGCGUAUUCUUUCUGCUGUUUCUUGGUUUGCUGAACGAGAUGGGACUUUAAUGGAGGCUUCGGUUUACGGAGAUAAUAUUCCUUUCUGUGAUCUGAAUUCAUAUUCGGCUUGACAUGAUCUUCCAACUAUAUGUCGCAUGUAGAUGACUCGCAU